GUCUGGCGCCACAGCAAAAGCUUUCCCAGAGGCGUUUCGGGUGAAAGCCAACUAGAGUCCGUGCAUUGGGCCGGGAUACUGAACCGGCGAAGCAGCUUUGGGAUGCAGUGUUUGACGCAGCGACGAAUGGGCAGAACCUGGUUGUCAUUCCAGAGCCAACGCCGGAACAGCCCAUGGAAGACAGUGAGCUGCAGCUGGUGCGGAGGCCCAGCGAGACUUUGUGGGGUUUGUGCCUGGAGACCUUUGCCCAAUCUGAUUCGCAUGUGCUGCUUCGCUUGGAACUGAGGCACUUCAAAAGCGUUUGCGACAGGCAAUUGGAAGCGAAAGGGGGGGGCGGUGGUGAUCGAUGUAUAGCAGAGACUGUGUUCAUGGUGAUGUACGCGGAAGACAAUGGAGAGAUCUUGACGGCAUUGGCCGGCGUGUCAGCAGGAGGCCACACAAGCCAUGCGGACGUCUCCUGGGGUCAACACAUGGAGGCCGCCGUGGUCGCAAGAGCGCGGAUGUUCCCCGAGACGGCCUGUAGGAAGGGAGGGCGUCGUUUCCUGAAGUUUCAGAGUGCCAAUUCGCGUGCUUUGCGGUUUCAAUUCGUAGAAUGUGAGACAGGUGCGAUGGAUUGUGCCUGCCUCAAGGGCUUGCGCAAGCUGGCGGAUUCAGUUGGAUGUGGCAACGCAUUAGUACCACCGCCGCCGCCGCCGCCCUUGCCCUUUGAAGGACACACCUCUUCGAGCUCCAAGCCACCGCCAUUGGUCCCGCCCAACCAGUGCUGCACGGCGAUCGGACCUGGAGCCCCAUCGGGCUUGUGUCGAAUCGGUUUGCAGGGUGACCUGCUGGUUCUCGGCAGUAAGGACACAGGCCGUGUGCUUUGUGCGCGACUCUUGGCCGGAGCAACCAUCACUGUUCAUGGCCACGACAUUUGCAUAAGUGGCAAAUCCAUUGCACCCUUGCGGUUGCAGGCGCAUUGUUUCAUCGGCUUCGGGCCUUCCGAUGGGCGCGGCAACUCCAUGAUGCCUCCCACCUUUGGGGCAAACGAGAGGCACUGA